UUAGAGUAGAGCAGCAGCAUCUCGAAGCUCAGAUGUACUUGAAAAUAGUUUUUCGAAUAAAUGUGAUUUAGAAGGAUAGAUAAGUAUGUACAUAGAUGCCGUCAAAACGGCAAGAUCAUUAUAAAUGCCACCGAAACAACAGAGAUUCAGAUCGCGGUUUAAGGUGAUCACUCCAUUUCGAUCCCUGGUUUUGUGUGGUGAAAACAGGCAAGAAAUGGAAGAGUGGUUAGAUGUUUUCAAAAAUGCUACUGAGAAUAGACCUGUUGCUGAUGCAGGUGCUGCAGAACUUCUUGGUGGUCAUCAUCAAUGGUAUGCAACCAGUCAUGCUAGGCCAACAUAUUGCAACGUUUGUAGAGAUGCUCUAUACGGAGUAACGUCUCAUGGAUUAAGUUGCGAAGUUUGUAAAUAUAAAGUACAUAAGCGAUGUAGUACGAAAGCAAUAAACAACUGUAAAUGGACCACAUUAGCAUCAAUCGGUAAAGACAUAAUUGAGGACCAAGAUGGAAACAUUACCAUGCCUCACCAAUGGAUGGAAGGAAAUUUACCAGUAGCUUCAAAAUGUAUAAUCUGUGACAAGACUUGUGGUUCUGUUUUAAGGUUACAAGACUGGAGAUGUUUAUGGUGCAAAAUUACAGUACACACAGCAUGUAGGCCUUCUAUAAGUAUUAAAUGUCCUUUAGGACCAGCUAAAUUGAGUGUAGUGCCUCCAACUGCAUUGCAUUGUAUAGGUAGUGAUGAAGCAUGGGAUGCUGUUAGACCAGUAGGUUGUAGUCCACUUUUAGUAUUUGUAAAUAGUAAAUCUGGUGAUAAUCAAGGAAUUAAGUUUCUCAGAAGAUUUAAGCAGUUAUUAAAUCCAGCUCAAGUAUUUGAUCUUAUUAAUGGUGGACCUGGUCCAGGACUGAGGCUCUUUCGGCAUUUCGAUCCUUUCCGAAUUUUAGUUUGUAGUGGAGAUGGAUCUGUUGGUUGGGUACUUUCUGAAAUUGAUCGAUUGGGAAUGCAUAAACAAUGUCAGGUUGGAGUAUUACCGUUGGGUACAGGUAACGAUUUAGCGCGAGUACUCGGUUGGGGUUCGUCUUGCGACGAUGAUACGCAUUUGCCUCAUCUGCUCGAAAAAUAUGAAAAAGCUGGAACAAAAAUGUUAGAUCGUUGGAGUAUCAUGACCUUCGAGCGUAGUAUUUCCUUACCUUGCCACAAAAUACUUAAUCAGUCGGAUGUAUUGCUUAACCAGCACAUGGUGCACGAAUACGAGGAUAGCGUUAUGAUGCACAUUACUAAUAUAUUGCAUUCUGAUCAGGAGGGCAUCGUCAUAUCUAGUGCCAAAGUUUUAUGUGAAACUGUUAAGGAUUUUGCAAUACGUAUAUCAGAGACGAGUCUAAGUACGGGAGAUCAUCAAUUAGGAGAGAAAUGUGAGAUUCUUCAGCAAAAGCUCGAUCUUUUGUUACGUACGCUUCAUAAUGAAGAGAGCUUUUUAUCAGAUAACGGCGAAGAUCUUAGUACAGCUACAUUGAGAUCUGAUAAAUUUUCCUCGAUUUCUUGUUCAUCUACAGAUGAUCAAGAGAAAGGUCUACUCGAAAAAUCAGAAAAAGAAAUAACAAAUUUGAGUAGAGUGCGUAUGAAGAGGAGAGGUUUCGAAGAAAAUCAGGCUAUAAUAUCUAGGGCUAACAGUUUGAAAAGAGCGAUUCGCCAAUUAGUGGAGCAUACGGAGCAGGUCGUCGAUGAACAAAAUAGUGCGGGGAAGGCAUUGAACAUAAAGAUAACGAGAAGCAAUGGAAGAGAAUUAGACGAGAAGAGGGGUCAACAAAAUAUUCUUGAAGUUCGAAUGGAAAACAGCAAUGAAAGUUUGAGCGUAACACCAACUCUUGAGUCUGAUGAACCAUCCCCGUGUUCAUCACCGACGCCAAAUGUUGCGUCACUAAGCCCAAUGCCAGAUAUAAGACGUGAUUCUCAGCCAGAGGAAAUGCUCACUUUGCCAGCUCCAGAUGGAUUUGCCGAUAGUAGAAGAAAUAGUUCCAAUUUACUUCAAGGAGUAUUCAGUUUUGAAUCUGUAACUUUCGAAUCAGUGAUUGAUAAGUUGAAAAUACAACAGAGGUUGAAUCAAGAAAAUUACGAAAUGCCUGAUACAAUCGAACAAGAAAUUCAAUUAAACAAAAAAGUGGAUACAGCUGCUAUAUCUUUAGAUGCAAGUUCAACCUCGGAUGAUACAACCAUACAAGAUGCCAUUAUAUCACCUGAUACAGAUUCUGUACCAUCGGAAGAUAUUUCUUCUGAAUGUCCUUAUACAAGAUCAUCGAAUAGUCAUAAAAAUGAAACUUAUAGAGAGAGUUGUACUAAUAGCAUUGUUAGUUCAGAUAGCGUAAUUUCGGAUUCAUUUGACAUUAAAAAUUGCGGUAUGAAGAACAGUGAGAGUGAAAUUGGUCAGAUAGAUAGUGAUAUUCUUGAUUCAACAAAACCUUCCGAUAGUUCUGAAAUUGGACACAUAGAUUCAGCAGAAAAUUCUGACUUAUGCACAAGUGACAUUCUUAAUUCAGAAAGUAUAAUCGAUGAUUUAAGCUCAUUGGGACAAGAUUUGAUCAGUACAAUGCUUGGAGAAAAAUACGAUUCUGUAAAAGAAGGUUUGGAGUCAGAACAAUUGGAAAAGCCUCAAAAAUUUUGUAGUUUAGCUCAGUUUGUUGAGGGUAAUGACAUUGCCAGAAGAUCUUUCAAGAUGUCAAGAAAUACCAAAAAUGUGUUAAAAAGACGACCAAUCGAACCAUUCGGUAAAAUUGCCGAAAAUACAAAUGGAAUUGACCAGUCUAAUAAUGAAAGUAUAGAGGACGACGAAGAGGGAAAGCCGUCAGAUCUUCUUAAUGCCUCUGUGUGUCGAUUUACAGUGACAUCGAAUUCAAGUCCAUCGAAUAAUAAUUCGCCAAAAUUUCCACCAGCGAUAAGCGUAAUUGUCGAUCCACCGAGUCCGUCUGUAUCUAUAAAAAGUAAAAACGAGAAUGAUUAUAAUUUCUAUCAACUGGGUUCGCAUUUUCGUAGAUACAGUGGAGAGAGUAUGGAAAAAUUGAGUGUGGAAUUACCAGAAGGUACUGGAUGCUCACCGCAGGCAUCACGUCGUAUUAGUAGUGGUAGUUUAUUAAAAGCAUCCGAAGUCGUUUCAUUAGCAGCAACGGCGGCAAGGUUCGGAGGCUCCAGUUUAAGCUUGAGACAUGAACGUACAAAAUCUAUUGAUAAGACUGAUGAUAUUAAGAAGCUUCCAAUAAUAAAUCCAUUAGUUAGAUUACCAAUGUGGCCAAAUGUAAGUGGUGGAUUAAUAAGUCAAGCUUUACUUGCCAAUGCGGAUGCUCUUUGUGCAGCAGUUUCUCCAUUAAUGGAUCCAGAUGAAACUUUAAUGGAAGGCUACUUUGAACGUUGCGUUAUGAAUAAUUACUUUGGUAUUGGAAUUGAUGCAAAAAUUAGUUUGGAUUUUCAUCAUAAACGAGAAGAACAUCCAGAAAAAUGUCGAUCGCGUGCCAAAAAUUACAUGUGGUAUGGGGUCUUAGGAUCAAAACAAUGGCUUCAGAAAACUUAUAAAAAUCUUGAUCAAAGAGUACAACUCGAAUGUGACGGACAACGAAUUCCUUUGCCUUCGUUACAAGGCAUAGUGGUAUUAAAUAUUCCAAGUUUCAUGGGUGGCACAAAUUUUUGGGGUGGAACCAAAGAAGGUGAUCUAUUCCUUGCCCCGUCCUUUGAUGAUCGAAUUCUCGAAGUCGUUGCGGUUUUCGGUUCCGUUCAAAUGGCAGCUUCUCGACUAAUAAAUUUACAACAUCAUCGAAUUGCUCAAUGUCAAAGUAUACAGAUCAAUAUCUUAGGAGAUGAAGGUGUACCCAUACAAGUAGACGGCGAAGCUUGGUUACAACCACCAGGCAUUAUUAGGAUCAUUCACAAAAAUCGAAUGCAAAUGCUAUACAGAAAUAGGGCUCUCGAAACGUCACUUCGAACUUGGGAAGAAAAGCAACGUAGCUGCAUUUCAUCCAUAACGCAAUCUUCAUCAACACUGAGCAGUUCUUCGCGUUCACAAAGUCAGAUACAAUUAGAGGAAAAGCAGAUUAGUUUAACAGAGGAAGAGAUGUCUGUAUUACUUGGUUUUAUCGAAGUCGUUACAACUCUGGUCAAGUGGGUAAAGCUUUUGAUCAUUUCUCAUCCAAGUUUGGAGCCAGAACUGUAUCAGAUAGCUGGGCGAACCGCUAUUGCCCUAGAAAAACUUCACCCUGAUGGAAAAAUUUUACAAGGGCCGAAUUUGAGACCAGUUGUUACGGAAGUGGUUUCCAGUGCUAGGCAACUUUAUGAAGAAUCCUGUGAACUUCUUCGAGAUAAAGCUCAUAAUUUGAAGUUACGUGAAGAUUUGGAAAAUAAAUUGUCCAUAUCUUUAGCAACGAUGGAACAAGAACUACGUAAAUGUGUAUUUGACGAACGAGGUUGUGGACUUGUAUACUUACAUAACAUUCCUGUAGAUGAACAGAACGAUAAGAAGAACCGACACCGGGGACUAUUCUGGCUAAAGUUUCGUCGUUCGGGCAAUAAUGCAGGUUUGAUAUCAGGGACACAUGACCCUAAUCGCGAUCAAGUGACCAUUUGGGGUGUACAAGAGGUUUGCUCUUGGUUGGAAAAUUUACAAUUGGGCGAGUAUUCGGAAAACUUUGUAUCUCACGACAUAAGGGGAAGGGAGCUGCUAACUCUAGCAAGGCGAGAUCUGAAAGAGCUGGGUAUCACGAAAGUUGGACAUGUUAAAAGAAUACUUCAGGCUAUUAAUGAUUUGAAUAAUUAAAUAAUUUUAGAAUAAUAAUUAUCUCGAAACGAAUCAUUCGCUAGAGAAGCCCAAAUAUUCAACGAAUUUACAAUAUCGUAUGAUCUGUGAUAAAUAAUAAAGAAAUUUUAAUAAUAUGA